GGCUGUAUGUCAGUAAUAUUAUUUACUAAUGAACUGAAGUGUUUAAAACUGAGCUCAGUCAGAAAAUAUUAAAUCUUUUGUAUCAAGAAGUUAUGGCAUGCAUAAUUUGUGCUUUUCAAUUUUUUGCUUUCGUUGCUCAUAUAUAGCUUUUGAAACUUUGCGGUAAGAGCAAAAAUGGAUCUGUGUAAAAAUGAAAAUUUUGCUAAAAAAAUUGUGAAUGGUGGCAAGGGAAAUUUGCCAAACUAUACUAAUGGCACCAAAGUAAUAUUUCACUUUCAAACACAAUGCCUUGAUAAGAAUGGAGAGGUUAAAUGUUGUAUAGACGAUAGUAAGAAAGUUGGCAGACCAAUGGAAUUAAUUUUGGGGAAGCAAUUUAAAAUGCCUGUCUGGGAAGAAUGUAUUAAAACUAUGCGAGUGGAAGAAGUUGCUGACUUUACUGUGAAAAAAAGUCUAGUAGAUUCCUAUCCUCUUGUAUCCAAAAGCUACCGAGAAUUCGCUGGUAUUUCUAAAGGAUCCAAAGGUAGCUGCUGUGGAAUGAUGACAUUCGCUGGCGGGGUUGGACAUUCAGAUUUAGACACUCUUUUAAGAGAACCAAGUGAUUUACUUUUUAAAAUAGAAAUUUUAAAGGUGGAACUGCCGGGGGAAUAUGAGAAAGAGUCUUGGAGUAUGGAUCCCGAAGAAAAAUUAAGAUCAAUUCCUGAAUUGAAAGAAAUUGGAAAUAGUUUAUUUAAAAGCCAGCAGUAUGAAGAAGCUUCCAAGAAAUAUGUUGAAGCUUUAGGUCGAUUAGAGCAACUUAUUUUAAGGGAGAAACCAGGAGAUGAGGAAUGGCUUGUCCUUGAUAAAAUGAAAAUACCUCUUCUUCUCAAUUAUGCUCAGUGUAAACUGCUGGAGAAAGAUUACUAUCCUGUUAUAGAAUAUACUACAACAGUUUUGGAAAAAGAUCCAGAAAAUAUCAAAGCACUUUUUAGGAGAGCAAAAGCUUACAUUGGGACGUGGGAUUUAGAACUUGCUCGUAAGGACUUCGAAAAAGUUUUAGAAUUGGACUCUUCCUUCCAAGCAACUGUAAAUAAAGAAUUGAAAAAUGUAACUGUGUUACAGAAACAAAAGGAUGAUGACAUAAAAUCAAAACUAUAUGGAAAAGUUUUUAAAGAAUAACCAAGCAUAUUUAAAUUUUUGUUAUAGAAUUUCGAAGUUGCAAUCGGGGGGGGGGGGGGGCAGAUGGGAUACCUGUUGGUUCAGGCG